AUGCCAACAUUAAUAAAAUAGUUAACUUUUAUUUUGGUUUUAAUUAAGACUAUUACAUCUUUAGAUUCUCCUUAAUUUUGGAAUCUAGCUCAGCUAUAAGUUAAUAAUUAGCAAUUUAACUUUUAUUUUGGCUGGGAUGUUGCAUAAACCUUUGUAUAUUUUAGGAUACAAGGAUAUAAUUAAGGAUGGAUUGCAUUAGGAUUUGGAAGCAACCUUUCACAAAUGGACAUGAUUGUGCUUAGAUUGAACUCUUUGCGUGUUGUAGCUGAAGAUAGGUUUAGCUUAAGCGAUAGUUAAGUUCCAGAUCUAAAUACAAAAGUCAAAGACACAUUUCUUAUUAAGGGGGAAAGAAAUGCAACUGGUUACUGGGAUGCUACAUUUAAGCGUAGAGUGACCUCAGUAGAUCCUAAAAAAGUGAUGCUUGAUACAUCUUAAAGAUAUAUCACUAUUUUAUUAGGAUAGAGUAAUGAUGAAGAGUUUACAUAACUAAGUAGCUAUAAAUAGAUAUUUAAAAUUUAAUUUUCUCUAAAUAAGAUAUGCCAUUAAACAUGUGCUACUAAUUAAUGUACAGGGCCAAGUAGUUAAGAAUGCACUGGCUGUGAUUACUUUAGGGUACUCUAUUAGAAUAGCUGUAUUCUGAAAUUACCCAAGAUAUUUAAUUCAAUAGAUAUUCCACCAUCAAGUUUGAUUUCUAAUACAGUUUUUUCAUUACAAUAUGGAUAUUCUACUGAUAACAAUUACAUUUACUUUAAAGUCUAAUAAUAAAAUACUUGGAAUGUAUGGAUGGGGUUGAUGUUUAACAAUAGUAAUACAGGCUAUACUGAUUUUUAUGUAGCUUACUAGACUUCUUAAUAAUAGUUCUUAGUUAGUGAUUACUUUAUCGAUCCUGUGGCAAAUAUUAUUACAGAAGACGAAGUUAUGGGAGAUGGAAAUAAUGAUGCCUUUAUAACUGAUUCAUAAUCCAACUAUGUGGUUUUUGCAAGAAAAGUUAAUACAGGAAGUCAGUAUGAUUUAACCCUAGAUAGUACGACAAUAACUGCUGCUAAUUUUACUCUCUUAGUAGGCUCUAAAGAUUUCUUUGAAAGUGAAAUAUAACCUUAUUAAAACCAGCUAACUAUAAAAAUUAAACCUAUAGGAUGCGAUUUAUCUUGUUCGUCUUGCUACUUUGAAUCUAAAUAAUGCAAUGCUUGCGAAGAUAAAACAUUAAAUCUUUAUGGAAGUAUUUCUUUAUGCCCACCUACAAUAUCUACAAUUCCUACUCCAACAUCUAACAGCAUAUAAUAUAUUUUAAGCAAUAAUUUAGACAGUAUUUAUUAUUAUUAUCCAAAUACCGUUACAUUUUUAUAAUUGGAUAUCAAUUUAAGGAAAUUUAAUCCUUAAACUACUUCAUUAAGUAUAAUGAACCCAAGACUAAAUAGUGAUAUAGAUUAUUCUGCUGUAUCUCUAAAUAUGAAUAAUUAAUAAGUAAUUUUUUUGAUGUGCGAUAGUACUAGAUCGGAGAAAAUAACUAGUAUUCAAUACUUUUAUGAUUCUAAAAAUUAACUUGUGAGAGAUGCUAAAAAUAAUUAAAACAUUUAAGUUAUAUCUGGUAAAUGUGAAAACGGCGUUUUAAGUGCUCAAAUAGCAGUAACUACAUUAACUGUUAAUUAAUUUAUAUUAAGUUUGCAUGUUGAUUGCUAUGAUUUAAAGUAAUUAGUACUUUACUCUUAAACAAGCUCAUUUAGCUUAAAUACACAGAAUAAUUCUUUAUGUAAUUAAGGAUAGAUUCUUUUUCCAUCUCUCUGUAAAUCUUGCAAAUCUUAAGAUACCCUAACAUAAUUACCAUAUUGUUGCACAAACUAAAUUUAUUCAAUUCCAUUAUCAACAUGUUAACCUAUAAAUAUUUCAUAUUGGAACAAAAUUGAUUUUAAAUCUAAUUUUGUGAAAGUAAGUUAUAGCUUAAAUGGUUCUAUCAUUUAUUUUAAAUAUACUAUACUUACAAAACAAACCGAUGGAGCUUUUGGUUGUGGAUUUAAUAAAAAUUCAGUAAACACUGAUAUGAUGAUCUUUCGUUUUAAAACUCUUGAUGUCUAAGAUUAUUUUUCUUAUGGUGAGGUUAUUCCAGAAUUAGAUUAAAUCUAAAAUUUAUUUCAAAUAAGUGUAACGUAAUUGACUGGCUAACAAGGAUUUGAGGUUGUUUUUGCUAGAAACUUGGGUUUAGAUUCUUCUGGUUCAUCAUAAGAUGCAGAUUUAACAAACUAUUCAGGACCCAUGAUAUGCUACUUAGGAUCAACUCCAGAUCUCUCUCCUAACAAUAGAUAAAUGUUCUAUAACCCGUAGGUCGUAUUUUAAUCAAGUUAAAUCUGUGACUCUUCAUGCUAAACUUGCGGAUUAAUAAAUUCAAAAACUCCUGCUUGCACUUAAUCCUAUUGUAUAUAAGGAUAUUAACCUAAAGAUAUGGUAUGUUAAACUUGUAAGAGUGGAUAUUAGUCUCCAGAUCCUUCUUCUGAUGUAUGUUUACCUACAUGCCAUAAUAAUUAAUGUACCUAAUGUUAAACACCAUAAAUUUGUUUAUGUAAUAAUGGGUAUUUCUUAUAUUAUGGUGACUGUUUACCGAUUAUUCCAGAAUUGGUUUACAUCAAUAACUUUUAGAUUUCAUUCAAUAAUUUAGGAUUCUCACUUCUAUAUGGAUUUGAUUCAUCUAAAAAGUAUGUUUACUUAAAUGUUUAAGGAUCAAAUUAAGGAUAUAUUGCAUUGGGUUUUGGUAGCCAUUCUACUUUUAUGGACAUAAUAAUGAUUCAAAAUUCUAUUUCAAACAAUACUUUAGUUACAGAUAUGUUUUCAUAGGGUUAAAUAUUUUCUUAAUAAGACACUCAAACUAAUGUAGCUUAUCUUUCAGGUGGAUACAAUAACGGUUUCUGGAAUAUAACUGUUUUAAGACCAAUUAUUUCAACUGAUUCACAAGAUCUUAACAUCAGCCUAACAACAGAUAACUAAGUUUCUUUAGUACUUGGUUCUGAUUAAUCUAUUGGAUACCAUAAAGCAAGCCAAACUAUUAAAUCUUAAUUCUACUACGCAAAAGCCUAAGGAGGAUAAGUAAAUUAUACUAACACAUACAUUCCAGAUAGUGCUUAAGUAUACAACAAGAUAGAAUUACCCUCAUUUAACACAAGUCUCUAUUAUGGGUUUGAUAAAAAUGCACAAUUUAUCUAUUUCAAACUUGUAGGAAUGCUUCAUUAAAAUUGGUUUGGAAUCGGAUUUGGAAAUUCAAUGACAAGUACAGAUAUGAUUAUAACAAGAUUUGCAAAAUAGAGUGCACAGGGUAGCGUGUAAGGUUUUGUUGUUGAUGACAGAUUUUCAGAUGGCUAAAGUAUGCCUGGAUUAGAUAUUUAGUAGGAUGUUGUCAUGAUUAGAAGUACAAAUAUUUCUUAACUCUCUUCUUCUACAAAUAGCACUGUUGAAUUUGUAAGGAAACUUAUUACUACUGAUCCUUACUCAGAAGAUUAUAGCAUUGUUUAUAAUACAAAUACAAACUAAACUAAUCCUAUUGAUUUGAUAUUUGCCUAGGGCAUAGAUUCAGACUUCACAUAAGCAGGUCAUACGUCUCAUUUGCUUAUGAGAGGCGUAAUCUUGAAUGGUAAUUUAGAUUGUUCUAAAUGCCCUACAUAGAAAUGUACUGGGCCUGAAGUUAAAGAUUGCACUAACUCAACUGAUGUGAGCAUUUCUGUUUAUUCAAAAUUAUUAGAAAUUGUAAUUGCUUUCUUAGUACUUAGUUUGCUAUUAUGA